CCGCCCCUGUGGCGGGGCCGGUCUCCAGCCGGGCACGGUCGCGGGCCCCCUUGGCCCGGCCACCUGGGACUGUGCUGGGAGCUGGCCACCUCUCUCUACCCUGGCCCGCAAAGUUUGUGGCGAAGCCGGCGCCGGACAGAGCGCGUCCCGGGGGAGAUCUGGGAGCGCCCUGGGCCGGGCGGCAGGCACCGUGGACCUGGGACACCGCGGUUCGGGCUGGAGUGCGGAGCAGCCUGCGGCCGCCGCCUCCGGUGCAUGGGGACCGGCUGAGGAGCCAGCAUGGGCAACUGCGUGGGGAGACAGCGUCUGGAGAGGCCGGCCGCCCCGGGACACCCCCGCAAGCGAGCAGGACGCAAUGAGCCUCUGAAGAAGGAGCGGCUCAAGUGGAAGAGUGACUACCCCAUGACAGACGGGCAGCUGCGGAGCAAGCGAGAUGAGUUCUGGGACACAGCGCCUGCCUUUGAGGGCCGCAAGGAGAUCUGGGAUGCACUCAAGGCAGCUGCCUACGCAGCCGAGGCCAAUGACCACGAGCUGGCUCAGGCCAUCCUGGAUGGAGCUAGCAUUACCCUGCCUCAUGGCACGCUCUGUGAAUGCUAUGAUGAACUGGGUAAUCGCUACCAGCUGCCCAUCUACUGCCUGUCGCCGCCUGUGAACCUGCUGCUGGAGCACACUGAGGAGGAGAGCCUGGAGCCUGCCGAGCCCACCCCCAGUGUGCGCCGUGAGUUCCCACUGAAGGUGCGCCUUUCCACAGGCAAGGACGUGCGGCUCAGUGCCAGCUUGCCCGACACGGUGGGCCAGCUCAAGAGGCAGCUGCACGCUCAGGAGGGCAUAGAGCCGUCCUGGCAACGAUGGUUCUUCUCCGGGAAACUGCUCACAGACCGCACACGGCUCCAGGAAACCAAGAUCCAGAAAGAUUUCGUCAUUCAGGUCAUCAUCAACCAGCCCCCACCACCCCAGGACUGACAGGCCAGGCCGGCAGACUCCAGUGAGGAGAGGUCAUGGAGGCCUCCGUGGGCUGGAACACUGUCCCCACCCUGCUGUUGCCUUCAAGUGCUGUUGUUUCCGUCAGGCGCAUUGCCCCGCUGUGUGGCUCUGGUGAGCCGUGAAGGGACCUUGCCUCCCAGGGAGUGCCCAACACCAAGCAGCAAUGCUGCCACACACAGGCCUUGCCAACCUUGUCAGAGGACAGGCGCCCCGGGGCCCUCCACCCUGCCUCUCUCCUGAAGCAGGUUUGAGCCACGGGCCGGCCUGGAGGCCCUGGAGCCCAGAUCUGCCAUCUGGUGCUGCCACUGCGCUCACUCCAGUUUUCUGCUCAGGGUUGGAAGCAGCUGCUGUCUCCCUCCUUUGCCCCCACCCUGACUCUGCCCUGGGCACAGUGCCAGUCCCCUGGAGAGGAGGGAACAACCAGUGAGCCCCAGGGCUCGGGGAGCCUGAGGUGGGCCUCUGCCUCUCCCUGCCUCUUGCACAAUUGGCAGAGAAGAGGUGGGUGGACAGACAGCUGGGCUUUGUGUCAGGGGUCUGCACAGGGCCAUCUUCUGGCUGUAACCCAAAUGGUGGGGUCUGCAGCCUGGUCAUGGUCCCACAGCAGGUCUCUGUGUACAGACAUAUCUGCGUAUUUAUCAAUAAAGCCUUUUGCUCCUUC